GCGCGCGGCCAGCCUUGCUUCCUCGUCCGCCAACGCUCGCGAACGAGCCGCGGCCAUCUCCUCCGCUAAAACCGCGGAAGCUUGAAGGGCCACGCUUCCACCGUGCAGCUGUUGCUAGACCGCGGAGCGAAAAAAAACAUUGUUAAUGGCGAGGGUUGGGCCGCGCUCCAGCUCGCGGCAUAUCAAGGUAGGAGUGAGGUUGUGCGCGUCCUCCUCAAAUCCGGGGUUUGGGCCGUUAACUACGCCACCCAGGACUUAAUUUGGAGCGCUCUAUCUGGCGACAAGUGGCAACGGGACGGCGCAUACCGUAGAGCUCCUGCUAGAUGCCGGAGCAGGGGUCGACCACCGAUCCACGAGGCGCAACACGCCAUUGCACAUUGCAUUGCACAAUGCCGCCACGACAAACAAAUUGGACGUGAUGAAGCUCCUGCUCUCUUGCUGCGCCGACUCGAUCCUGGGACGGGCACAAUUUUACUCCUUCGUAGCGCAGAACAAAGGUCACAAGGAAGCCGCCGCGCUCUUGGCAGAAGACGUGGAGCGGAGGUGGAGGACACGCACCCAGAAGAUUUGGAUUGUGUUUUCAUUGUUCUGCCUCUUUCUCACGUUAAUUGUAUUCCGUUGGGGACACGAACGAUCCGCCCGCGACCUCGCAGCCACGCCGCGCACGCUGCGCGAGAACGUGGCACUGGCGUCGCUCGCCGCGGCGCCGCUCGUUGUGCCGUACCUCGAGCGCUUGAACGGCCCGCUGUUGCCGGAACAGAAGGCCAUGCUUGCGAGCGUGCUGUGUCGGACCACCCACCAGCCCCACGGGCGCUCUCCGACCUGCCCGCGUGCGCGGCCUGCCUAG